CGCUUGACUGAAUCCGUGCCUUUACGACGCUCAAAUGCGAUUAUGAAACAUACACAAGCUGGGAGAAUAGAAAUGCACGGUCGGUAAGAUGUAUUGAAGCGGUGUUUUAUUGUGCGAGUGCUCGAGCAUUUUAAAAAUUAAUACGCAUCCACGUCUCGUAUUAAGACUAGCGCGUCUGUUUGCAAUUCACAGUCCAUGACGCCGAGUACCGGGAUCCGCACGGGAAGCCAGGCGGCACAACAUGAAGCAUCAGCAAAACGCCAGCAGGUCCUUCCGUUAGUAUCGCGAUGCUCCGUGAAGCCUCCCGAGCUAUGGCAAAUGAAAACAGUCACGAUGGCUUUGUUACGGUGUACAGUAGAAAGAGUCCAACAAAGGAGUUUUUUACGGGCGAUGACAGCCUCCAGAUCCAGAUAUUUAAAAUUAUCGUGAUCGGAGAUUCCAAUGUAGGCAAGACGUGUCUUACUUACAGAUUUUGCGGUGGUAGAUUUCUUAAAAACCCCGAAGCAACAAUAGGAGUUGAUUUCAGGGAAAGGACUGUGGAUUUAGAUGGACAAUGCAUCAAGUUACAGAUCUGGGACACAGCAGGGCAGGAACGCUUCAGAAAAAGUAUGGUGGAGCACUACUACCGCAAUGUCCACGCAGUGAUCUUCGUCUAUGACGUCACCAAGCUGUCCACCCUGGAGAACAUGCCGGAAUGGAUCGAGGAGUGUGCACGUCAGUGUGUCUCUCCUGCUGUUCCCCAGAUCCUGGUGGGAAACAAGUGUGAUCUACAGGACAGACGCGAGGUGCCCACCUCCUUGGCCCAGCGCAUGGCGGAUGUGUACAACUUUCCUCUUUUUGAAACCUCUGCAAAGGACCCAGCUGAGAAGGAGCAUGUGGAUGCCAUUUUUUUAACACUUGCCUACAGGCUAAAGAACAACAAACCGCUACGACUGAAACAGCCCAGUGAGGGAACCACAGUGCAUCUCACAGAGGAACAGGAGCAACUGGAGAACCAGUGCACAUGCUGAGCUAUCCCUCCAAGAUCUUACCUCCUCACCUCAGUCAGCUACUACAUGCUUAUUAAUACUAUCUGCGGUACUCUGUACUUCAAGGAACAGGUGCUUGGUCUGUUCGAUAAUAUUUUCCAGAAAGGAACAUCAUUCUUUUGUUAUGUCUUCAGGGAGCUUCUGUUGGGAUUGCAUUUUGCAAACUACACUUUGAUGGUAUAUUUCAUAUUUGUUGAAAUUGAAAUGAAUAAGUUGAAACGCAUCAAAAUAGGAGUCAAGAUUCACUAGAAGGAAAAACAUUUAAUUUAUUAGCUGGUAUUUGCUAUUUUAUUUACUUUUUAAGUUACUUUAUAGCCUUGUAAUGGAACACUACCGAUUUUGAGUUAUGGACCGUUAAGUAAAUUACCUUAACAAGAAUGCUUUGGUAUCACCAAAGCAUCAUUCAGUAUAAUAAUCUCAUGUCAUUUAAUAUAGUUGAUUACAGGCCUUACUUUAUGAACUCUACUAAUUAGGCUGAAAGUAUAUUAAGUUCUUGCGUGAAAUGGCAAAUUACAUGAAGGAAGGGACUGGUUAUAAAGGAAUCUCAAUGCAAGGACCACAACGCAAUGGUAUGACUGCUUAAUGAAAAAAAUUUAUAAAUAUUGUAUAUGAAGGGUAUAUAAUAUAAACUUUGUAGCAGGUUUCAUUGGAAAACCAAAACAAUUCUAAACAACUUGUUUGGUGACCCUUUGGUAAGUAUAAAUAUCUCUUUGGGAUUCUGCUAUAGAAGCCCAUUCAUCAUUACUUGUGAAUGUUUCUUUAAAAAUGAAAACUGUACUUGUAAAUGCUGACAUAAAUCAUUGGACUGUACAAUAACUGAACUGUAAAUAUCCCUUUUGCAGUGUUUUACAUGAAUGUAUGCAAUGUAUUUAUUUAAACAACAGUAAAAUGAUUUGCAUCA